UGACAAAUGACUUGAUGUUGAUAGAUGUCAGAAUAUAGUUGACAUUUUUCUUUGUCAAAAUAAAAUUUUCAUAUAUUUUUAAACAAUGAAAUAUUAAAUCUGUUUUUUACCUUAUUUAAAUACAUAAAUUAAAAAUAAUGGGUGCCCUACUAACUACAAGACAACACGACGGAGUCGAGGAAGUGGAUAUUGCUUCAAAUCAUUCGUACAAGUACCCACCCAGAUCUGGUAAUUAUUUUGGAAGUCAUUUUAUAAUGGGUGGAGAACGUUUUGAUACUCCGCAGCCAGAAUCUUAUUUAUUUGGUGAAAAUACAGAUUUGAAUUUCCUUGGAAGUAGACCAACACCAUUUCCUUACCCUCCGCCACAGCCUAACGAACCUACAAAAACCUUAAAAUGUUUGGUAAAUAUAAGAAAAGAAUCCUUGAGAUUUGUACGAACAAGUAAUGACUACAGCAAAUUAAAUGUAGACAAAUGUGAGUACAGGGACGUUGAAUUGGGUACUAACACAUCAUUUAACAUUGAAUUCACAUUUGAUUGUGAUGUUAGAUGUGCAAUUACUGUCUACUAUUUUUGUUCUGAGGACUUCACCCCCAGUGGUGUGACAUACGUUCCAAGAGAUCCAGCUGUCACCUCAGAAACAUUCCACUUCAGCCGAGGUUCCAACCAACAAUUCUGCCAGCCUGCCCAUGUGUUCAACCCAGCCAGGUACAAUGAAGAGGAUCUUGUCUUUGAUGUCGACAGAGAACUUAUUCCCAUAGCAAUACACUGUGUGACAGAAGAGGGUCCAGAUGAAAUGCGACAAUCACAUACGACAAUUGCUACAGUAGAAAAAAUCACUGACGGGACGUAUUUACUGAAAGCUUUGAAACAGAAAUUAUUCGUCGAUGGACUAUGUUAUUUAUUGCAGGAAAUUUAUGGAAUUGAAAAUAAAAAUAAUGACAAGGCUAGUGGAGAUGACGACACCGAAGACAAUGGGUCAGAAUGUGUCAUUUGCAUGUGUGACGUCAGAGACACUCUAAUCUUACCCUGUCGGCAUUUGUGUCUCUGUAAUUCUUGUGCAGACGCGUUGAGGUACCAAACUAACUACUGUCCAAUCUGCAGGGCACCUUUUAGGGCUCUCUUGCAAAUAAGAGCGUUGCAGAAAUGUUCUACAUCAAAUCUGGCUGCCAUCAGUCCUCCAGAUGCUAGCUGUGACACCAUUCCACCAGGCUAUGAAGCUGUCUCUCUAAUAGAAGCCUUAAAUGGCCCUUGCAUUCCUCGCCAGCCCCCUUCUGCAGCUAUGCCAGAUUUGGUAGAAACCCCAGAAAAUGAACAUGCGAUCCAAGCUGCACAAAUAUUAAAUAGACAAUGCGACCGUAGCACCCCAACAAAAAAGAGGGGAGGUAAUAUAGAGUCUCCACCAAGCCCAGAUUACAGUCGUGAAAUUAAUAUGCUUGCCACGAGACGUAUAGAAGACGAAGAUAGAAAUAAAGACGGUAAAUUACCUCUGCUAGAAAAAGAAGUAGAGAGAAGACGAAAAAGAGAUGACUUAAGAUUGGUUAAUGAGAAAACAGAAAAAGAAGCAAUCAUGGAUGAAGACAGCGAAAAUGAAAAAUUAUCUCCACUGCUACAGAAAAUUGACAGGUUGAACAGUAAGGUUAAUAAUUUAGCCCUAAAUAUGGAAGAUGUCGUUGAUCCAAUUGAUGAUCAAUAUACUGACCAAGAAGAACAGCAGGAUAUACCAGAGAAAAAUAAAAAUUAUGGUGAAAGAGGCGACGAAUCGGACUAUUAUACACCAGAUGAACCAGCUCCAUCAUCAGUUCCAUUAUACGAGGGUACCAACAUGAGUUCGGUAGAAAGUACCCCUCAACGUUUACCUGGUACACCUUUGUCACAUGCAAGCGUUCGCAGCAGCGGUGACAGUUACACAAGCGGUUCUAGCACACGCCAUCUUUUAGCGAUCGCCGGUACCGGAUUGAUUCAAGAAAAAUCCGUGAACGUUUAAAAGCUUAAUCUAGAUUGUAUUAUCCGGUUGGUUAACAUCUUACAUCUGUAAAGCUUGUAAAUUCAUUUCCGUCCCAGUAUUUAAUUUGCUGUCUCUAAGAGUUAACUUAAAAUGGAAUGUUAACUUCAUUAUAGCUCAAAGCGAUACAUCACCUGUCAAAUAACCAACUGUUUUUUUUUCGAGUAUUCAUAUCACUUAUGUUUCACAUAUGACAUCUGUCAAAUCAUUUAAAGAAUUUUUAAUUAUAAUGUACUGCAGCGUAAAUCACAUAAUUGAAGCAGUAUCGGAAAAAUAUUUAGACUUUGUUUAUCAGAGAAGAGGGCACCAUGUGUAUAAAUAAAAUAUUUAUUAUUAAUGCAUGUACAUAAUUGUGAAGUAGUCUUAAUGCCCUUAAAACUUAAAACCAAAUUUUCCAAGUGUUAAAAAUGUGACUUUAAUGAAUCUCUAUGGUUACGGGAAGUUUCCCUAGUUUUUAACAGGUGGAAAAAAAUGUUGACAUGAAAAUAUGAGAUCACACAACAAUCAUCAUAUCGGCCUUAAUCGUAUAUACAAUUUUUGUUUUUGAUAAACAUGGUCCAAUUAGAAAUGAAUCAAUUUUUAAAAUGCAAUGACAAAUUUUCUGACAGCUGUCUUAAAUCAUUAAUAGUUAAUUAAAAUUAAGUUAUACCAAGCAAUAUAAAGUGAUAAACGGGUAUGCAUUAACUUAUAUACAAAUUGAGCUAAUAAGGGAAGUUUAAUUGCUUAAAUAACGGGAUUUUUGAUGUCUAAAUUGCCUCACUAGGUUAAAAUCAGGCGAUCCUGGAGGUCAUGAAUUUGCUAAAUUUGUCCUUAAACCACUUAGUUUUCAUGACACCCCCUUUUAUUUUCCAUUUAUUUGAGUAAUUAAAUUUUGUUUGCUUUAUGUUUUUGAUCCAAUUUUUUUUAAUCCAUUAAUUAAAGUGUGUUCCUUAUUUUAUAAUAACCCCAAAUUUAAAGAAAGUAACCCUUAUACAAUUUUUUUGCACCCAUAUCAAAUAAAUGACAAAAUUCUAGAAAUAUAUUUAAAAAAAAAUUAAAUUGAACAUCAAUUAAUUUUUUAUUAUCAACCUCAUUUUAUAGAAUUCUAAUUAUAUUUAAGUAUCAAAAUUUUAUUUACAAAAAAAUAUAUAUUAUAUUUUUUAUUUGUUUUUAAGUUUUUUUUAUUAAUUGAAUACUCGUUUGUGAUACAAUGAAAUUAUAUAUAUUUGUUUGUAUAGUUUAUGGAAAGUAUUGAGUAAAUACGGAAGGGGUAGUAUUUAAGCACUAUAUUUAGGUACAUAUUCGAUUUUUAUAAGUUGUAAAUAGUUUUAUUUGUGUUGAAUUGUUAAGUAAAAAUUUUAAUUUACAUUAUUUGUGAUAACACCAGGCUCGAUUUGUUCAUAUUUGCUUAAACUUCUAGUUAGUGCCAAGCCAAGUAAUUUUUAAUGAUCUAAUUGCGAAAUAGCGUGACUAAGGGGGUAAUAUUGGUCAAGACUGAGAGGCUAUCACUUUUUUAUACAGUUUUUAUUUAUUUUGUUGACAAAAAUCGUUCAGUAGUCACUUUUAAUGUAAAUUAGAUUGAUUUUAAUUUUUUAAAUUGAUGAAUUAUAUUUGAUUAAAAUACCGAUUUAAUGU